GCGCAGUCCCUGGGCGAGCCGGCCACUCAGAUGACGCUCAACACCUUCCACUACGCGGGGGUGUCGGCCAAGAACGUCACCCUGGGCGUGCCCCGCCUCAAGGAGCUCAUCAACAUCUCCAAGAAACCCAAAACUCCCUCCCUGACCGUGUUCCUGCUGGGCCAGAGCGCCCGCGACGCCGAGCGCGCCAAGGACAUCCUGUGCCGCCUGGAGCACACCACGCUGCGAACCCUCAGAGCACGGUGGUGGCCGAGGACCAGGAGUGGGUGAACGUUUACUACGAGAUGCCCGACUUCGACGUGAGCCGCAUCUCG